GCAAGCUUGUAUGCUAAGAGCCAGCCUACAAAUUUUGUCUACGAACAAGUCUGUGGACUGACAAGACAUCCCUACUUUAGAGUUGGGGUAUCCCCCUUGUAUUAUUUUUAAUGUUAAACAAGCGAGAGGGAUAAAGCCGGCAGCUGUGUCUAAACAUCGGCCUCUGUUUGUCAAUUUAUCAGCAUCUCCAUCCUGUGAACAUGCUUGUGACCUCCAAGAGGGUUCUGCUGACGUUUCUCCUGCAGCUGUUGGUGCUCCUUUUUGAUGUUCUUCCGACGUGCAGAUCUGACAACGAGAGGGCGAUUGAGCUCAUGACAGAAACCCGUUUAAUUGAUGGUCACAAUGAUCUGCCACUGAAGCUGAGAUGGCUGUACAACAACCAGCUGAAAAAGGUUGACCUCAGGACCCUUGAUACCACUGUGACAAAUAUUGAGAAGCUUCAAGCCAGCCAUGUUGGUGCUCAGUUUUGGACCCUGUACAUCCUCUGCGGUGCCCAGAACAAAGAUGCAGUGCGUCUCACCCUGGAACAGAUCGAUGUUGUCAAACGGAUGUGUCAAAACUACGAUGAGCUUGAAUUGGUAACAUCCGCUCAAGGCAUUGCUGAUGUUGAAAGUAACAAGAUAGCAUGUCUGAUUGGUCUCGAAGGGGGUCACGCCAUUGACAGCAGCCUUGCAACUCUGAGGAUGUAUUAUAAGUUGGGUGUUCGCUACCUGACCCUCUCAGCCUUCUGCAACACACCCUGGGCACAAACAGCUACACAUUUGGAACACAAGUUUUACUUGGAUGCUGAACCUUUGGCAGCUUUCGGUGCAGAAGUGGUGAAAGAGAUGAAUCGUCUGGGCAUGAUAAUAGACUUAUCUCAUGCAUCUCACGCAACUGCCAUGGCUGUUUUAGAAGCCUCCAAAGCGCCAGUCAUAUUCAGCCAUUCGGGAGCCCAUGCCAUUUGCGACAACUCCAGGAAUGUUCCUGAUGAUGUUUUGCAACGUCUGAAAGAAAACGGAGGAAUUCUGAUGAUGUCCUUUGAGACCAAGAUCUUAGCCUGUGGAGAUAACACAGCGACCAUUUCAGCUUUGGCAGAUCAUUUUGACCAUAUAAAGACAACGAUAGGUGCAGAAUACAUAGGGAUUGGUGCUGAAUACGAUGGAGUGAAUGAGCACCCUGAAGGCCUGGAGGAUGUUUCCAAAUACCCGACAUUGAUCCAAACCCUGUUGGACAGAGGCUGGAGUGAUGAUGAAGUACGAGGUGUCUUGAGAGAGAAUUUCCUUCGUGUUUUCCGGCAGGUUGAAAAAGUGCGGGAUGACCAGGCUUCUGAGCCAGAAAAUGAAGAAGAAAUUAACCUGGAACUGGUAGCAAAUGAGUGCCGCCUAGAACUGAAUCCUAGACCUGGUGGUUAGUACACAAUUGCUAAAGCUGCCAUUUUGUACUGAGAGACCCAACAGUCUAAUCUUUAACUGCUGUUGUGCCUAUGUGGCAGCCAUGUUAGGAAAAAAAAAAGAAUUAAUAAAUCUGCUAUGAAAACACACAAA